UAUGAACUGUUGUCUUAUAGCGACACGCUGGCUCAGGCAGAGAAACUGGUGCAGUUGAUGAGAGCUGACACAAACGUGGACUUCGCCAACUCCUGGAAGCUGAUCACACUCUUUAUUGGAGCCAACGACAUAUGCGACUACUGCAAGGAUGAGAAGACCUUUAGCGCAGAGAGCUACCUCAACAACCUCAGGCUGGCCCUGGACUACCUCCACCAGCACGUGCCGCGAGCCUUCGUCAACCUGGUGGAGCUGUUGCCGGUAGAGUCUGUCCGCAACCUGGGCGACAACCUCCUCUGUAAGACAGUCCACUCGGCCGUGUGUCACUGUGUCGCCAACCCCUCCAGUGAGGAGGAGGCGCGACGUGCUGUUCGGCUAAGGGAAGAGUAUCAGAAGGUGACACAGAACCUGGUGGCCUCGGGCCGAUACGACACACGAGACGAUUUCACAGUGGUUCUGCAGCCCUUCUACAGGAAUAGUACUUUACCAACUACGUCGGACGGACAAGUCGACCUGACCUACUUCGCCAGCGACUGCUUCCAUUACAGCAAGAAAGGUCAACAGUCUGUGGCCGAAGCACUCUGGGACAACAUGAUACAGCCAGUCGGAUGUAAACAAACUUCGUGGAAACAUGGAUAUCCAAUUACCUGUCCUACAGAAGAAAACCCCUACCUGUACACGGCUAAAAAUAGCAACUCUACCCGGACUCAAUAG